AUGCCCGGAGGAAGUAAUAGACGAUGCAAAAUGGCUGCCUUGCUAGCUAAACGUGCUAAAUGAACAAGGGAGGAAAAGCCUAAUGAUUUAACAUAUGUCCUGCUCUCCUAACUAAUAAUAGUCAAUAUAUUCUGUAUUGUUCCGCCCCAUUUUUCUGUUCUCAUGGCGAACACGCUGGAUUUCAGGACCCAUGUCGACCAGUCAUGCAGGUAUUCAGAAGAAUUUGUCAACAUCUAUUACGACUGCAUGGAUAAGAAAAGGAGGAACCUGACCCGACUCUACCUGGACAAGGCGACCUUGGUGUGGAACGGAAAUGCAGUGUCGGGACAGGACGCUCUCAACGAGUUUUUUGAGUCGUUGCCCUCGAGCGAAUUCCAACUUCAAACACUGGACUGUCAGCCAGUUCACGAACAAGCAACCCAGGGUCAGACUACACUGCUGGUGGUGACUGGCGGGACAGUGAAGUUUGAAGGGAACAAACAGCGUUUCUUCAACCAGAACUUUCUCUUGACAGCUCAGGCGACACCCAACAAUGACCAGCCUGUUUGGAAGAUUGCGAGUGACUGUUUCCGAUUUCAGGACUGGAAUAACUGAGGCUCUCUCCACUUAAAAAAAAAUAAAUAAUUGUAUGAACACUCAACUGGUAUGAUAUAGAUCCAGUUUAUUUACGUUUUUGUAAUAAAAUAAAAAUGUAAUACACCACAAAAUACAAAAAGUUGUUUAUUCUGUAAAUGUUGAACAAGGCAUGUGAUCAUAAUGGAGAUAAAUACACAGGUUCACCAAACUGUAAA